AUGUACUUCUUCCUCCUCAAGUUCCCCCUCCUCGACCUAGGCUGCAUCUCCACUACUGUCCCAAAAGUCAUGGUCAAUUCCCUGUGGGACACCAGGGCCAUCUCAUAUGAAGGAUGUGCUGCACAGCUCUUUCUGUUUCUCUUCUUCAUCACAGCAGAGUAUUCUAUCCUCACCAUCAUGGCCUAUGACCGCUACGUUGCCAUCUGCAAACCCCUGCACUACAGGACCCUCCUGGGCAGCAGAGCUUGUGUCCAUAUGGCAGCAGCUGCCUGGGGCAGCUGUUUUUUCUAUGCUCUUUUGAACACAGCCAAUACAUUUUCACUACCACUCUGCAACGGCAAUGCUGUGGACCAGAUCUUCUGUGAAAUCCCCCAUAUCCUCAAGCUCUCCUACUCAGACACCUACCUCACGGAAAUCUUCAGGGCCGUGCUGAGGAUCCCCUCUAACCAGGGUCGGCACAAAGCCUUUUCCACCUGCCUCCCUCACAUGGCCGUGGUCUCCCUGUUUGUCAGCACUGUCAUAUUUUCCCACCUGAAACCCCCAUCCAUCUCCUACCCAUCCCUAGAUUUGGUGGUGUCAGUUCUGUACUCAGUGUUGCCUCCAGCAGUGAACCCCCUCAUCUACAGUAUGAGGAACCAGGAGCUCAAGGAUUCAGUGUGGCAACUGAUGACUGGCUGCUUUCCAAAGCAAUAA